AUGGCUUCUGGCGCCGCGGCCCACCAGCCCGAUGUGGAGGAGGAUAUGUUGGCCAACACCAUGGCAACCAUGAGCCCAGUCAACUCUGUGAAGGCACCCAUGGCAUCUAGCGCCGCGGCUAGUCAGCCCGACAUGGAUGAGGACCCGCUGGCGCCAGCCAUGAGCCCGAUGCCGUCAUACGACGCGUUAGCGGCCACCACCGACCCGCUCGCCGCCACCACUGCUUCUGCGAAGGGCGAGGCGCCCUGCGGCAGGGUUGGCACGGUCUACGCGGCAGGCGCGCGGCGCCCGGGCGCGGUGGACGCCUUGGCUGCCACCGUCGACCCGGGCCGGAUGGCGACAACCAGCUCGGUGAAGGCGGACGACGAGCUGGCUCAGUCGGUCGGCUCCGUCGCCGAGCAGGGGCCGCCCACUGCCGCGCCGCCGCCGGCAGGACCGGCCCGCAAGGCGUCCAUGCAGUCCUCGAGCUCCUCGACGCCCUUCGGGAGCAUGGUGAACUCCAUGGCUCAAGUGUCGCCCCGCGUGCAGGCCGCCUUCGCCCUGCCGCCUUCGCCCGGCGCGCCCGGCGCCCCGCCGCCGCAGGGGCCGCCGCUGGACAGCCCGUUCGGGAGCGUCGCGAGCUCCAUGGCAAUGCCCGCGCCACCUGGCGGCGCCGGCAUGGCGUCGAUGCCCUUCGGCACCGUCGCCGGCAGUCAAGCGCCCCUGCCGCCCGUGCCGCUGGCGGGGCCGAAGACCCUGCUGCCCGGGCAGCAGCCCGCGCCGCUGGGCGGGCCGAGGACCAUGGUUCUCGAGCAGCCGCUGGAGCAGCCGCUGCAGCCGUUGGGCGGGCCGAGGACCAUGCUGCCCGGGCAGCCCGGCGAGCAGCCGCCCGAGCCCCUGGGCAGGCCGAAGACCAUGCUGCCCGGACAGCAGCAGGGCCCGUUCUCUGUCGGCAACGGGGUCAUGCCAUCCAUGCCGCCGGCGCCCGAGCUGUUGCAGCAGUCCUCCGAGCACCAGACGAUGGUGCCCAACCCCUUGCAACCAGGCCCACCUCGGGCGCCCGGCGAGCUGUCCACGGUGGACGAGGGCUGCGAGGAGUCCCAAGCCGGUGGCAGCAUGCCGCCUGGCAGCUUGAUGUCAGCGGGGCUCAACAGUUUCGACGCCGCCUUCCAGGCGGCACCCGAGGCCGCGUUCUACCCGGAGAGCCAGCUGUACGACGCCCAGAUGGACGUGAAAUUCCCUCACAUCAAAGAGUUGGACCACAACGACGUGUGGUACACUGUCGGGGACCCUGAGAUGCGCAUCGACCCUCACUGGCGACAUGAUCAGUGGUGGCUUGCGGCCCCCGUGGACUUCGUGGGGCUCGAGAAGCACGGCUGCGCCAAGUCUGAACGCCUCGCCAUGGUGGACCUCAUCGUCGCCGAGACCAGCCGGGCCGGCCGGAUGCCGCCGCUGCCCGCGCCCGCGCGCUCGCGCAACGCCGACGACUGCCCCAUCUGCUGA